CAGGGAGGAGGUGCGUUUGAUUCAGGUCCCUCAAAUGAAUCGCAGGGAGGAGGUGCGUUUGAUUCUGACCCCUUUGCUGAAACACAGGGAGGAGGUGCGUUUGAUUCAGGUCCCUCAAAUGAAACGCAGGGAGGAGGGGCAUUUGAUUCUGACCCCUUUGCUGAAACGCAGGGAAGAGGUGCGUUUGAUUCUGACCCCUUUGCUGAAACGCAGGGAGGAGGUGCGUUCGAUUCUGAUCCCUUUGCUAAAAUGCAGGGAGGAGGUGCGGUUGAUUCAGGUCCCUCAAAUGAAAUGCAGGGAGGAGGGGCGUUUGAUUCUGAUCCCUUUGCCGAAACGCAGGGAGGAGGUGCGGUUGAUUCUGAUCCCUUUGCUAAAACGCAGGGUGGAGGUGCGUUUGAUUCAGGUCCCUCAAAUGAAAUGCAGGGAGGAGGGGCGUUUGAUUCUGAUCCCUUUGCCGAAACGCAGGGAGGAGGUGCGGUUGAUUCUGAUCCCUUUGCUAAAACGCAGGGUGGAGGUGCGUUUGAUUCAGGUCCCUCAAAUGAAAUGCAGGGAGGAGGGGCGUUUGAUUCUGAUCCCUUUGCCGAAACGCAGGGAGGAGGUGCGUUUGAUUCUGAUCCCUUUGCUGAAACGCAGGGAGGAGGUGCGUUUGAUUCUGACCCCUUUGCUGAAACGCAGGGAGGAGGUGCAUUUGAUUCUGACCCCUUUGCUGAAACGCAGGGAGGAGGUGCAUUUGAUUCAGGUCCCUCAAAUGAAACGCAGGGAGGAGGUGCGUUUGAUUCAGGUCCCUCAAAUGAAAUGCAGGGAGGAGGGGCGUUUGAUUCUGACCCCUUUGCUGAAACGCAGGGAGGAGGUGCGUUUGAUUCAGGUCCCUCAAAUGAAACGCAGGGAGGAGGUGUGUUUGAUUCAGGUCCCUCAAAUGAAACGCAGGGAGGAGGUAUGUUUGAUUCCGUAUCAUUUGUUAAAACAAAGUGUGAAAACAAAGGGGGUGGAUUUGAAUUUGAUCCGUUUGCUGAGAGCUCAGGUGAAGGUGGGGUUAUGAUCACAGGGGAUGGGAGUGGGUGGGAUGCAGACCCUUUUGCCGACAGUUUCCCAGCAGCCUCUUCGGGGACAGUGGGUCCUGCCUCCGACACCACGUCUUGGCAGGAAGUUAGUGACAGCAGUGGCUUCCGUUCUUCUGUCACUCAACAAAACUCUGCGUCCGUCUGCGGCUCAGCAGCAGAAGGAAUUAAAGACGUAAACGUUCCCAGAAUUCACAAAGACCCAGAAAAUUCAGACAUGUCCGAAGAUGAGGCCGCAAACCGGAGAUUUGGAAAGUUGUACCAAGAGCUAGAUACAGAAAAGGAAGAGGUACUUGACUUGCUCCCCUCUUCAGUGUGGUAGAUUAGCACAGAGUAGAUUAGAAAUCAGUUGAACCUAUUCCCGCCUUCUACCCUCCCACAAACUGACAGAGUAAAACCCACCCUGAGCUCCUCCUGCGUCUCCUCUGUCUCCGUCUGCUUGUUCAUUCCAUGCUUUCAUCUUUCUGUCCAAAUCAUUUGAGCCGUCUUACCGAAAGGCUUCUGAUACUAACGUGUGUCUCUAACAUCUUUAAUUCAGGGGACCAAUUCAUUUAAUGGAUUUUCGCAGGUAAUUUUCCAAAAUAAACUUAACUUUUCACACAUUGUCCAGAGUUUACAUCAAAACUGAUGAGUUCAGCUGUUCUGAGAACAGCGUUGGUGUCAGAUCUAGUUCAGUUCACAUAGUCACAAAUGCUUUUAUCCAAUUCAGUGUGCUUGUUAUUGUUUGCUGUUCCUUUCACUGAAGGUGAAGGUCAGGGCUCGGCCCCGCGGCUCCGACCCGAUGUGGUCCGAUCUGUCCCCUUUUUACAAAGAAUUCUGGAGCACAACAAAAAUUAAAUAAAGACACAAAAAGCAGCUAAAUGACACGUGUUUCACCACAGUUUGGACAAAUAUGAGACAAUUACACCACCAGCAUUAGAGAAAGUGGCAGUGAGUUCUUCGUAUCAGGAUAAAGGUCAGAGGUCACUGCAGAUAUCCCAUGUGACUUCUAUGGGACAUUUAAAUAGACACUGAUCCAAACUAUGUGAAGCCUUUUCCCCAGUGAUGUCUGUUCUUUUAACGUCCUGUCUCCUAAUGUCCUGUCUCUUAACAUUGUCCAGAUGAAACAUUGAAAUUUACAGUUUACAGAGAUGAAUUCAGGUGUUCUGGGGACAGUGUCCACAGGGAGUUUGUCUCCAAUGUCUUUAUGUAGUUAAAUGUGACUCAUUGUUUGCUGUGUUCCCUGAAUGUUUCAUCUCCGAAUGUUCCCUCACCUAAUAAUUUGUCCUUUACUGCUCCAUCUUUUAAUGUCUCAUCUCUUUAUAUCCUGUCUCUUAAUGUACUGUCUUCUCUCUAUCUCCUUUGUCCUUGUGUCCCAGUGUCCCUUCUGUUCUUUUAAUGUCCCAUCUCCUGUCAUGUAUUCCAGUGUCCCUGAUUUUAAUGUUCUUCUGUAUGAAAUCAUUGUGUGUU